UGAGACUGGCAGAUGGGCAGCAAUAGUGAUUCGUAUUAUCCUCGGCACAGGACUCUUUCCUGCUGAGCUCUGGGACGCCAGCCCGGGAUAGAGAUGGCAGAGACCGCAUGCUGCAAGCUCAUUGAGUAUUUGAACGAUCUAGAAGCGCAGGAGCUCAAGUUUCACCUGGAGAACUAUCCCCUGGAAGACGGCUACAAGCGCAUCCCCCGCUCCAAGACGGAGGCAGCCGAUGCCAUGGACAUAGCUCGAGCCAUGGUCCAGGCUUACCAGGAGCCCAGGGCUCUGCAGAUGGCGGUGAAGAUAUUGGACGACAUUAAUCGGAAGGAUCUGUCGGUAAGGAUCCAAAAGGACAUGCCGGAGGUUUUCCGUCAGACGCCAGAGCCGGCUGGCGCGAGCGAGGAUGGCGAAAAGGACGAGCAGGAGGAGCUGAUCUCGGAUAUGUGCGAUCGAUUUUUCGGAAACAAGAAGAAAGUGGAGGUGAAGCUGGAUCCCAACACCGCGUUCCCCACUCUGCUGAUCUCCCGAGACCAGAAAAGCAUGAGGCUUGGGGACCGCCCCCAGUACCUUCCCAACAACUCCGAGCGUUUUGAUUUCCAGCCCUGCGUGCUGGGCGCCCCAGGCAUCUCUAGGGGGCAGCUGGACUGGGUAGUGGAAGUGGGUGCCGGGAAAGGCUGGAUCGUCGGCGCCGCCCGGGAGUCGGUGGAGAGGAAGGGGUAUCUCUACAUAACGGCCGAGCAGGGGUUCUGGGGGCUGGAGUUUAACAAUGGGGAGUACCAGGCGCUUAGCACCCCUAAGACGACACUUUUCCUACGGGCGUCUCUGCGCAGGAUCAAGGUGCAUCUAGACUACAUCCUUGGACAACUCUCCUUCUACAACAACGACACCAUGGAGCACAUCUUCACCUUCAACUACCCCUUCUCUGAGAAGAUGUUCCCCUUCUUCUUGACCUGGGACACGGACAUCCCACUCCAGCUCUGCCCAUGUGACUGAGAGCGCCUCCCCACUGCACAUUUUGAAGAGCAAAGAUGUUAAACUCCGGCACGCUGGCCAAAAUUCCAGCCCCAGGAAUGACAUGCUGCCACCUGCCUACGUACUUCCGCUUUCACUUUCACUUCCUGUCUGGAUCGGGUGCGUAGCCUCCUCGACAGUUUCGCAUGACUUUGUCUGAUGAUAUUUUGUGUUUCUUGACGUCUCCAGCUCUCAGAGCCAAGUUUUUUUGUGAGAAUCUGCGCUUUCAUUAAAAAAAUAAAAGGAACUAAUUUUCUAGCCCUUUGGGUUGCAGAGAAAACCUGUGAAAACCUGACCCAGGUCAAAACCCAGAAGGCAAAUGUAAAAAAUACAAACAAAAAACCCUCCAAGGUUUAUUACUGCAUUUGUAAAAUCUUGUGAUUUUUUUUUUCAAGCCAAUCCAAUUCAGAGGGACUUUCAAGCCAGCAAACUCACCAGUACCGGUAGGAACCUCAUGGACUUUGAAGUCUGUGUAUGUAUGUGAUUGCUUUACCAUUUAACAGCUCUCUUCUUGUUCUUUCUAAUAAACCUUUAGUUUUAGACACUGAA